UAGGCGGGUACUCGAGCUAUUGGCUGGAGCCCCCGCCCCAGGGCGAGGAGGAGAAGGAGGGGCAGGAGGGUUUGGUUGAGCUGCAGCUGUUUGUCUGUUCGACACAGGCUUGGGGCCGACGGGGGAGACGGAGCCCCAGGAGUGUUGAAGCCUGGAAAUCCCCUCCCCUUCCCCCCCCCUUUACAGCAUUCCCCUCCCUCCACCCUUUCCCACUCUGAUAAUCUGGCCAUGACUAGCAGAAGCACAGCUAGGCCCAAUGGGCAACCCCAGGCCAGCAAAAUUUGCCAGUUCAAAUUGGUGCUGCUGGGAGAAUCUGCAGUGGGAAAGUCAAGCCUGGUGUUACGUUUUGUCAAAGGGCAGUUCCAUGAGUACCAGGAGAGCACCAUUGGAGCGGCCUUCCUUACCCAGUCCGUUUGUCUAGAUGACACAACAGUCAAGUUUGAGAUCUGGGACACAGCUGGGCAGGAGCGAUAUCACAGCUUAGCCCCUAUGUACUACAGGGGUGCCCAAGCUGCAAUCGUGGUUUACGACAUUACUAAUCAGGAAACCUUUGCCCGAGCAAAGACAUGGGUGAAGGAACUACAGCGACAGGCCAGUCCUAGCAUCGUUAUUGCCCUGGCAGGGAACAAAGCUGACCUGGCUAACAAGCGUAUGGUGGAGUAUGAAGAGGCCCAGGCAUAUGCAGAUGACAACAGCUUAUUGUUCAUGGAGACUUCAGCCAAGACGGCUAUGAACGUGAAUGAUCUCUUCCUGGCAAUAGCUAAGAAGUUGCCAAAGAGUGAACCCCAGAAUCUGGGAGGUACAGCAUGCCGAAGCCGGGGUGUGGAUCUCCAUGAACAGUCCCAGCAGAACAAGAGCCAGUGUUGUAGCAACUGAGGGGGUGGCUAGCAGCAAACAAGUAUGGAGCUAGCACGAGAGCUAAGAAAUAACCUCCAUCCCUACCCCUCAGCACACAGCCCCUACGGUAACAGCACACUGAGCCCUGGCUCCCAAGGGCUGCCUCCUGACAGCUCCGUCAUGGCACUUUUUAACGCUUCAGCAACCAACACCAGGCAGCUGUUGCCACUGGCCUCCUACCCCCUACUCUGGGGCUUGGGGGUCAACUCCCCCCAGGACUUACCUUCCAAAACAAACUUUCUUCACUUUGUAUUAUAGGUACAAGACAGCGACUUACUUAUCUUUUCUCCUCCUCCUUAGUGUUCCUCCCCAUUUUUUCAGAAAACACUUCUGACUCCUAUCCCUUCCCCUUCUGCUUUUGGUCAAUCCCUGUUCUUGAUCCUCUUUUCUCCUCUCCCCAGGAUGCAGAAAGUGGUGAACCCAGGAGCUGAGGAAGGAGGUUUCCAGUUCAUUUACAUUAAGGGCCCUGGGGGAGAAUAAAGCUCAGAGCAGGAGGGAGUAAGGAAACAUUUCCUUUUUGUUUUUAUUUGGUUGGAGUUUUUCAUAUUUGAAAACAUUGUGGUAUCCAUGAGUUGGCCUUGUGGAGGGUGUUCCUAGGCAGAGGUGAGAAUGAGGAGGCAAGCUCUCAGGCACCAGGCAGGAGGUGCCUUGUAAGCAAACUGGGCGGAGGUGGAGGUUCAGUGUCAUCUGUGGCUCUGUAACUCUUCAAAGGCCAAGUUUCCCCUCACGCAGCCUCUUAGGUAGUGUUUCCCCUAUCAUGGGGAUUGGACCCCAGAGUCCUCCAAAGAAUCUUCACUGGUUGCCUGCAUCUUUGGCUCUGCUGUGAUCUGAUUGGAGGAGGGACAGUUUCUGGUACCCAUCCUCUGAUUUAUACAUAUGCAUUUUUUUCCCUCUGGCCUUUAGAUGGCCUCAGCCCCAGCCACCAUAUGCCCCUGCAGUUUGCACUUUAAUUGAUGGUAGUUCAGUUGGGGUACUUAUUUUAUGGAAGUUUUGAUUGAUUUACUUCCCCUCCCACCUUCUUAAUUCAAUGAAAUCUGAGGUUAAUACGAGGUUUGAGGAGAGGUUAUAGAUAAAAGUACCAGUGGCAGCUACUCAUGUCCUAUCUCCACUGUUAGCUUCCUCCAACUCUAAUUCUUAACCUAUAUUCUUGCCAACCUAGCUAUUGAGUAUAGGUUUGCCUUUCCUGGAGAAUUAACUGAGCAACUGGGGAGAGUCUCAGGAUAGCACAGGCCAAGGUAGGGAAAUAAAAAUGAGGUCAGGCAAAAGGGAGAAGUUUUCUCUCCUUUCCCAGGUUUCACACUCAAUUUGAUAUCCAUUACCAUGUCUUUUCUACUUCCUUGUAAAUAGGUAUGAUCUUUAUUCCCACUGUACAGUCUGUUCUAUCCUCUGCCUCCCAUCAGGCCCUGUUUCUUUUCCCUUUUGUUAAUACGUUGAAUUUAGUCCCUCCAUCUUUAAUCUCCCCAUCCCUCCCCACCAUGCAACCAGUGGUUUAAUCCAUGUACCACUAGGGGCUAGUACCACAGAGGCCUCCUGUGGUGCCCUCAUAUCAUACCACCUGUUCCUGUGGACAGGGAAUGACCAGCACUGAAGGUACCUUACAACUGGCUCAUAUUAUCAGAGGACCUUGGUCCUUUCUGAAUCUCUAGUCUCUCUUCAUAUCCCUUAUCAGGUGUUUUAAGAUGUCUCUGAGAAGCCAUCAAGGCAAAAGAGAACUUUAAGUUCCUUGUUCCAGCCUAGAGUUUUGGGAAAGAAAGAAAGAGAAAGGAAAGGUCACAGUGACCUAGGAUUGGAACCUUUUUGCUGUUCUGGCUUGCAGACUACCUUCUAUCCCAAAACAGCUGAGAAAUCUGUGAAGCUGAGAUUCUGAAGGACCCAGCUUAGUUUCUUCCACUUAGGCCUCAAUUCCCUUCCUUUUCCAGGGGCAGCCUUAGUUCCCAUGGCCCUGAAACACACACAUUUCCCCCUUCCUUUCCCAGAAGCCACUGACCCCCCCCAAAGCACCCAGUGCAUCUGUUUUACAAGUGGAAGAACUAGGAUGGCUUUCUAAAGUCUCCUAGAAAUGAAGUUCUUUCUCUGUGCAGCUUUACCCCAUGGAGCAGAGUGAAGAUGUUUCAUUGUCUUGGGGCUGGGAAACCACUUCCCCAGGCUUCUCCCUCCCCCACCCCCAUAGGAAAAGGAUUUGGCCUUAGCUUCUGGGCCUAUCGGCUGCCUUCCCUCUACUUCCUACCACCUCUUCUGCCUUCCUUUGAGCUCUGUUGGGCUUGGGGAUCUUAGUUUAUUUUUUUGUAUUAUUUCCCAGCUCAUUUUUUUCUUCUGGUCAGUUUUUUUAAGGGGGGGUGUUUUGGUUUUUUGUUUUUGUUUCGCUUCUAAGAAAGCAUUUGCCUUUCUUCCUCUCCCAACAUAACAAUCGUGGUAACAGAAUGCGACUGCUGAUUUACCGAUGUAUUUAAUGUAAGUAAAAAAAGGAAAAAAAGAAAAGGGCAUUGGAGUGUUGCUUGCUUUUUUUUUUUUUUUUUUUUUUUUUUUUCUGUUUGUCAGAUACUAGGAAUUUGGAAGAAAGGAUACCCGGUAAUGUUUUACUGAAUCAGAAACACACCUUGCCCUGCAUCUUGAUACAUCCUUAUUCCCUUUAAUCUUUUCUUAAACAUCUAGUUUAGAAAAUAGCCCUUCUAUUGCUAUUUAAUCACUCCUAUUCUAAGGCCACUAGAUUGUUCAUCAAAUCAAACCCUAUUAUAUCUUUUUAGGUCCUCAUAAUGGAAUGUAUAUGUGUAGGGUGUGGUCUAUGGAUCUUUGGGCCCACUGAUGAGAUUGGAGGGGGGGUGCUAUUUGAAGUAGUAUACAAAAAUGUAUGUGCUUUUUUUGUUUUGUUUUGUUUUGUUUGAGACGGAGUCUCUGUCGCUAGGCUGGAGUGCAGUGGUGUGAUCUUGGUUCCCAGCAAUCUCCACCUCCCGAGUUCAAGUGAUUCUCCUGCCUCAGCUUCCUGAUCCCUGAGUAGCUGGGAUUACAGGCACGCACCAACACACCCAGCUAAUUUUUGUAUUUUUAGUAGAGACGGGGUUUCACCACGUUGGUCAGGCUGGUCUCGAACUCCUGACCUCGUGAUCCAUCCACCUUGGCCUCCCAAAGUGCUGGGAUUAUGGGCGUGAGCCACUGACCCUGGCCGUAUGUGCAUAUUUCUAGGAUCCAUUUCUAUAUGUUUCUCAAAGGGGUCCAUGGCCUAAAGGUUGAAAAACAUCACUGAAUUAGUUUUUUUGGUUCAUCUUGUAGCUUCUGCCUCAACGGGAAAAUUUCCCUUGGAUCUGCUCUUGACUCCUAGUGUACUUCAGACCCUUCAGUCCAUCACAGUCUAAAGGUUGAGGGAAGGGGGAUGAAAUAGAAUUAUGUGUGGUUGCCGGAGGCUUUAAAUUCCAAAGAAUCUGAAGGAGGAUAGGAAAGAGGACUGGUGCCAGACAAAGCUGGCAUUCUAGGCCUGUCUCUGUCAACUUACCAACUGUGGCCUUGAUCAAGUUAGUGCUUUCUGCCUCGUUUCUUCAUCUGUAAAAUAAAAGCUGAAGAUUAAGGUCAAUUAUGUAAAGCAUGUGUGUAACACAAAAGUAGACACUAUUAGGAAGGAGGCUUUUAGAUAAUCCCUAAUUGACUUCUCUAUAUCUUCCUUUGGCUGAGACUUUUUUUUCUAGGUUGAAGCUUGUUCUCUCUCUCUCUCUCUCUCUCUCUCUCUCUCUCUAUAUAUAUAUAUAUAUAUAUAUUUUUUUUUUUUUUUUUUUUUUUUAACAACUGGUAGAAUAGUAGGAUAGGUUGGGCAUCAGCCUCUUCCAAUGAUUUGAUUGUAUACAGAUUGAAAUCCUUUCUAUUUCCAAACACUUAAGAGCCAAAGCCAACUUUUCACUGUCGGUUCCCUUACCUUAUAUCUCUUAGUAAUACCCCACACCUCCGUUCCCUGAUUCCUGGUAAAAGCUCUAGUUGGAGAGAGGAAAGGAAAGGAAAUGAUCUUUCAAAAUUAAAGGUGAACACCUUCACUUAAACUAAUUAAAAUUGUAUCUCCACCCCCUGGCCUGUAGAGGGCAGUGUAAGGAUACAUUUGUCCGGGUUAGGGGACUAGGUUUGAUAAAUUUUGUCCCGCAUCAAAUGACAAAAGGGUAAUAGAAAAUGUAUUAUAUUUGUGCCCCUUACUUUGAGAUAAGAGACUACAACCUUCAUACUUCGGGGUGUUAAGCUGCCAUUGCUCUUGUUAAGAGGCAGUUUGUUUUAGAGAUGGGGUCUUGCUCUGUUGUCCAGGCAGGAGUGCAGUGCCGCGAUCUUGGCUCAGUGCAACCUCGAACUCCUGGGCUUAAGCGAUCCUCCCGCCUCAGCCUGCCGAGUACUGGGACUACGGGCGCGUACCACCAAGGGGCGAUUAUUAUUAUUUUUUUUUCUAUGCAAAAUAAAAGAUGGCUAUUCA